AAAACCCUGAUUCUUCUUCACAUUGUCGCGACUUGUGGUUCUCUUCUUCGCUACACGAUUUGCAGGUGGUUGUUACACAUCUCAGCUUCUUUCUCCUCGACUUUUUCAAUUGUCAGAUGGUUAUAUGCCUGUUGCUGAGCAUCAUAUAUUAGUAGAUAAGCCAUCUUUAGACAUGGGAAUCCAGAAUCUUAUAUGGCAAGUGACGAAGAAAGCGUUCACUGGAGGUAUAAUAGGGAUUACCAUUUCAGAUAGAUUUUGUAGCGUUGUUCCGGUGAGAGGAGAUUCCAUGUCUCCGACAUUCAAUCCCCAACGAAAUUCUUAUCUAGAUGAUUAUGUUUUGGUUGAGAAAUUCUGUCUUAACGAUUACAAGUUUGCGCGUGGUGAUGUUGUAGUGUUCAGCUCUCCAACUCAUUUCAAGGAUAGAUACAUAAAGAGAAUAGUGGGGAUGCCUGGGGAAUGGAUAAGUAGUUCACGGGAUGUGAUAAGAGUCCCAGAAGGACAUUGUUGGGUAGAAGGAGAUAACAAAGCUUCCAGCUUAGACUCCAGAACCUUUGGCCCUAUUCCUUUGGGUUUAAUUAGAGGACGGGUGAGUGGUGUGGUGUGGCCACCUCAAAGAGUAAGCAAGAUUGGUUAAUAAAGCUAAAUGGAUAAAAGGGAAGGAAGUAAAGGUAAAGUUUCUUCCUCUUCCAAACGAAUAUUCUCUUCCUCGAAAGAUUCUUUAUUGUGGAAUCUGCUUUACACCAAAAGAGUGAUUUUAUCAGAAAGAAAGAAAGUUCGAGUUUUGGUUUUCCAUUUUUUCACAAUUUGUAGAACUGCGUGCUCACGCUUUUUAUGGUGUGCAUUUUAUAUAAUCAAAAUGGGUCUAU